AUGCAGGAGUCAGAGAACGCUGUAAAAGAUUAUAUCAUGAUAACUAUUGAAGAUGACAGUGAUGCCGAUGAUGACGUUGAUAUUGUGAUAAUAGAAGAGUCUGAUACAGAAGAUACUGAGAACACAUUUUCCACUGAUGAGAUACUGACUGUAGAAACAGAUUUUCAAGAUGACAGUGAUAACUCUCAGCAACCAUCCCACUUGUCAUAUGCAAAGCCCCAGCCCUCCGCAGCUGGGAAGCAGAGGGGACGGCCUGUGCUGGGGAGCGGGCCCCCGCCUGGUGAUCCUCCGACAGCCCCCAUCCUUGCCUCUCACUUCGUGGGGGAAGAGGAGGGCCUGGAGAAGAAAUGCCCUCCAAGUCCCGACUCCUCUCCCCACUGGGGCCAACAAACGUGCCUGGAUCCAGCUCUCUGCCGACCUCUCUCCCGACCCUUUGAAUGGGAAAGAUUUAGAAGGCAGUCCUUUAACAGUAAUCAUGGAGAUUGUAGCCCAUCUUUGCCAGAACAAAGGCAGGAAAGCGGUGACGGGACCAACCCUGUAGGAACAUCUCUUCAGUCAGCAGCACUCCCUGAACUGCAGCAGCCAGUCCUCGUGGAGAGUCCACCGCUUCCCAGAAUUGUCUCCACAUAUUCAUUACAGCCGUGCACCACACCAAGCAGCCCCUUUCCUGUUCUUGCUCUCCCAUCCUACUUUUUCAGUGAAGGUACUGAAAGUACCAACGGUGUUAUCUCAUCUGCCGAGGCUGCCCCAGCUGUACCUGCAGCAGUUCUGCCGCAAGGAGAACCCAGUCUAGCAGACACUGCUGGGACGAUGAACUAUUCAACUAUAAUGGAAAAUAACAGCGUGGGUGCAGACACUGCCUUGCCAUCACUCUGUAUCCCUCCCAAUUUUGAAAUGCCAGGAAAAGCAGAAACCGGCCUUGGAAACAGUACUAAAUCAAUGCAUUACCCGACUUUCUUGGGAAGUGACAGUGGCCGAGAUACUACCUCUUCAUCUGUCUUCAGCCCUCCCAAUUUUGCACUUGAAAAAGUUAUACUUAUAGAAAUGCCAGGAAAAGCGGACACCAGCAUGGAAAACAGCUCUCAGACAAUGUAUUACCCAGCUUUGGUGGGAAAUGGCAGUGGCCCAGAUGCUGCCUCUUCACGUCUCUCCAUUCCUCCCAAUUUUGAAAUGUUCCUCAAAGCAGAAACCAGCAUGGAAAAUAAUCCUCAGAUGAUGAAUUACCCACCUUUCUUGGAAGAUGGCCGUGCUCAAGAAACUUCAUAUUUCUCCAUCCCUCCCAGUUUUGAAUCCAGCACAGAAAUGAAAUCUGAGACAACAAAUUACCCAACCGUAAUGGAAAAUGACAGUGGCCAAGAUAUUGAUUCAGAAACUCUCUUUCUCACUCAUGGUUUUGCACUUUUAGUUUUCUUUUGGCUGAGAAUAUGUUUAUUUUCCCCUUCAUACCUGAAGAAUAGCUUACUGGAUAUAGAAUUUUCAGUUGGGAGUUCUUUUAUUUCAGCACUUUUACCUAUAGAAAUAUUGGUGAAAGCAGAAAACUGUGUGGAAAAUGACCCUGAAACAAUGAACGACUCAAAGGUAUUGGAAAAUGUCAAUAGCCAAGACUCUUCCUCGUCAUCCUUCUGCAUUCCUUCCAACUUUGGAUAUCUUGGUGAUCCCAAAAGAAAUGUCAGGAUACUUGAUAUUCAUUUGAUGACCACACAAAAGAAGGCCACACCUAAGCAUGCAGCUUGCUACUUGAUUAGUAUUUUGUUCUCCAAGGAAAUGCUGAUGUCCAGCUCUGUAGGUGUCACGUCUCAAGGCCGCCAACCUCUGGAUCCAAACAAAAUGGCUGCCAUAAGGGAACAUCUGGCAGCAAUUUUUCCCAACCAUGAUUUGCGUGAAUGUGGAAAAGACUGGCAAGCCUGUAUUUCUGAUAUCAAUUCUCUGAUCGGCCAUUUAUGUUCUGAAGCCAAAAGAACAACCGUAAGUUAUUUUUUAUCUAAAUAUGGCCACUAUAUCCCACAGAGUAACACAGAAGAAAACAGACUGUGGUGCUACUUAGCUGUUCUAGUGGCAGUUAUGGAUGGCACAGGAGAAAAGGAAAGUAAUUCUUUACUUGACUUCAGUGAUGACAGAAACUGGCGUCAGAAGAGAGGCAGCAUCUGCCAAGUGCAUGCUGUGUACUUGAUUGGGAGAGGGAUAGGUCCUCACCACUCAAAGAGGGUCCUGGACCUGCAGCAGCAGCAGCAGCAGCAGCAGCAGCACCACUGGAAGCUCAAAACUGUUCACAACAAUAAAGAGCCUCCCAAUCGUGGUGCACCAAAGUGUGCAGAUUCACAUGAUAAAAGGGAUGGUGAUGGUGGUUCCCAGUUACCUCGGCGAGCAGCCUUCUCAGAAAGAGGAGAAAAUGAGAAUUCUCAGCAGAACAGCAGUGUUCUUCCUGAAGAAAUUAAGGAACUUUCCACUGAUAAUUCAACAGUCUCUUAUGAAACACUGGAAUAUUUUGGAAAUCCAUGGAGAAAUAUAUGGAUGCCAAAAUCGGUCCUGAACACAGCAAAAAAGAAGUCUCGCCCAGAGCUGUCAGCCAGAUAUCUUAUUCAAAACCUGUUCACAGAGGAAGUCCUAAUAAAAAGUAACAUCUUCGGCAGUCUGGGGAGGGGCAUGUGUGCCUGUAGCGCCAAUAAGAUUAACGCUCUCCGAGAGUUUCUCCAAGACAUCUACCCGACUUGUGACCUAUCAGAAGCUGGAUAUGACUGGAAAUUGUGUGUGACAGCUAUCAAUAGUUGUAUUCGUAGUCUCAGAUAUGACUUCAAGAAGUCCACACCUAAAUCACAGCCGCCUCCAGCAGCGACCCUUUCAACAGAAUCAGAGCCAAGAGAUACUGACCUAGCUGACUGAAGUACUCGAAUGUCAGCCAUCUGAUUUUUUUUUUCUUUACCAUUGCAGCAUCUUGUUUCUCACGUUAUUAAUUCCAAAAUGUUGUCGUGGCAUCGUAGUUCUGAAUUCACACCUAAGGAAAUAGCCAACGUUCUUUUUUGCCCACAGGGGAGGCAGAAUUGCAUUAGGAAGAUGUGUAACGUUUCUUCUCAUGAAUAAAGUUAUAGGCAGUAUUCCAGUAAGAAGCUCUGAAGAAGAAAAUGGUAGUAAACUGCUAAAGAUUGUUGUUAUGUCUGUUUUAAUGUAGAAUAAGAAUAGCACUUUAAGCUUUAACGAUAGAUGAAAUCUGAGUGUUAGGUGUACAGAUAUAGGUAGUGAGGUAGAGAGCCACAGUUGGAUAGGCAAACGAUAGUGCCCAGCAUGGGGACUCGAAAGCAGCAAACACUUGCUAUUUGUCAAGUGAAUUGGUGCUACAGAGCUUAGGUGAAGCUACACUGAUUCAGAAGGGCAGUAUGGUUUACAUAAAACUGAAACACUUAUGCCGGCUUUUUAUUUUUGGCUGUGCCCAUGCCAUGUGGAAGUUUCCGUGCCAGAGAUCGGACCCUCGUCACAGUAGUGACCACACUGGAUCCUUAACCUCUAGGCCACCAGGGAACUCCUAUGCUGGCUUCUUUAACACAUCCAUCCAUAUAGGAUUCAUAGCAGUGACAUCAUAUUGUUUGACAUAAAGCUUUCCAAAGAUGAGACCUAUGUUCUUUUGAUUUACUUCUGAUAAGAAAAGAAUUCUUUUAAUUACCUCCUGGUAAUAUUUUAUCACAGAAUUUUGCUAAGAGUCAACAUAGAAAAUCAUACUAGGAGACUUUUGGUUCUAUUGAAGUAAUUUAAAUUUAAGAAUACAUCAUUAUGAAUUAAAGAAUCUGACCAGAUUUAGGCUUUUUUUGUUUGUUUGUUUCUGAAAUGUCUAGGUAAAGUUUUUACUGUUUACUAUGUUUUUAUGAUUAAUUCUACUAAUUGAAAUGCAUACGAGUUUAAAUCGUGCAAAAUUUAAGUGUAAAAAUUUUUAUCAGAAGUUCAACUAAAAAUGAUCUUAAAGGAUAUUGGCAGGAUUCUUGGAGAAUUUUUAAAAAUUCCAUUUUGCUCAUAAAUCGAAUUUAAUUCAAUUUAAUUAAUUUUUUUUUUUUUUUUUUGGUGGCACCUGCGGCAUGUGAAAGUUCCCAGGCCAGGGACGGAAUCUGAAUCCACAGCUGCAACCUAUGCCAUAGCUGCAGCAAUGGUCAAAUCCUUUAACUUAUUGUACUAGGCCGGAGAUUGAACCUGUGCCUUCUCAACCACUGGGGCCGCUGCAGUGGGGUUCUUAAACCCACCGCACCACAGUGGGAACUCUGAAUUUUAUUUUUUUUUAUACUCAGGGUGCAAUGCAGUGCCCCUCUCUCCCCCACCCUACUGGCUUCCUAGCCCACCCCAACCAGCCUCCCUUGACUACUAUUAUAUCUAAAUCCUCACACUGAAUGCCACCUCCUCCAUGAAGCCUUCCUAUUUAUUUCCCCUCAUAGAAUUUUUUUUUAAUUGAAGUAUAGUUGAUUUACAAUGUUGUGUUAGACUCUAGUACACAGC